AUGUGCUUCUACGCUUGCCUGCAGGUUAUACUGUCGAAGCCUUAUUAUGUAGCUCUGCUGCAAGGGACUGACCCGACCAGAUUCGUCGUCCAGAAGAGCGACGUUGCCCUCCACAGAGGGGUUGAGACGGCCCUGACCUGCCUUAUGCUAGAUGGCGUACUGACAGUGUCGCACCUGUACUUUCAGGUGCGCUGGUACUAUCUCCUGCCAGCUGAUUCUGUAGUGCUGCUGCCGAUCGCAUUUUUUUUCAUGAGUAGUGGUCCUGAUACGCAGGGCGAGUUGUGGUCGGUACUGACACUGGGCUCGCUGACACUCUUGGCGAUCACAGGAACCUGGACCAACGAGGCCACACAGCGGAAGCUGUUCAUUGCCUUGCUCCUGGAGCGGAACGGGCGUGUUGCGACCGAGUUCAAGCUAGAGCAGCUGGGGUCAGCUCAAGGGCCCUCUGCCAAGGCCCUGGAGGGCGAGGGUUCCUCGCACGUCAGUGCAGGCAUAGAUGGGGUCUCCCUGGUGUCAUCGAGGGCAUCUGACCGGGUGUUCGACCCGAGCUGGCUGGAGGGCAUGGACAGCGACGACUCCACAGUGGCAGACAAGACCAAGGGCGCGCUGCGAUCCGCGGCUGCGCUGGGACACCGACAGAAGUGGCUCAUCGACACGAAUCACAUAUGCCUGACCUCGAGGGUGCUUGGCUCCGGCAGCUUCGGCCUCGUCGUCGAGGGCGACUUCGUGGGCACCCCCGUGGCUGUGAAGAUACCGUGCGGACAGGCCUCCCUCAAGGCCUUGCUGAACCUGUGGAACGAGAUGGGCAUCCUGCGACACCUGAGGCACCCCAACAUCGUGGCGUUCCACGGCGCGUGCAUCCAGCCAGACUCGGGCCGCGUGGCGGUGGUCCUCGAGCUCGUGCGCGGCAGGGGUCUGGACGAGCUAGCCUGCGGCGUCGAGGGCCCGCUGGAGGAGCGCGGGCGCGAGCAGCUGCUGACCGGGGUGUGCUGCGGGUUGCGGUACCUGCACUCUCGGACGCCCCCCGUGGUGCACGGCGAUCUGAAGGGCUCCAACGUGCUGGCGGUGCAGGACGCCCAGGGCAACCUGAAGCCGAUGCUGCUGGAUUUCGGGCUGUCGCGCCGGGUGAGGGGCUCCUCGCGGCCGCCAGGUGGGACGCUGCAGUACAUGGCACCCGAGGUGCUCAACGGCUCCCUGUUGGACUGUCCAGCCGACGUGUUCUCGUUCGGGCGCUUGCUGUUCCUCGUGGUCAACGGCGUCCUGCCGCUGCUGGGCAUGGCUGAGCACGAGGUGCGUGAGCGGUCUCGCAGUCAGUCGCCAGAACUGGACUGGCCCAAGGACAUGGUCGGCUCCGCCCUCUGGGCCAUGUGCACGAGUCUCCUCGACUUCAACCCGGCAGAGCGGCCCACCAUGCUCGAGGCACACCGGAUGCUGCGCGACUGCUUCCACGGGCGGCCAGGGCAGGACUCUCCCGAGCCGCUCUUCCACGGCCUUGCGGCGGAGAAGCCCUGGCCUCAGCCGUGGAGCGAGACGUACUCGAGGCUCCAGGCGCGCGCACCCAGUGCCGUGAGAGACCUGCGCCCAUUGGAGUGUGCCCAGGCGGAUGGCCGCUGGGGCUCGUCUAUGCACUGCAACGGGUGCGAGCCCAGCGACCAAUCCGUGGCCUCCGUGUGA